CUGGGAGCCUCCUCGCGCCCCUCGGGUCUCUCCGCCCUGCUCUGGUCCGCCUCCCCGCUAGCAGCGGCCAGAGAGGCAGAAGAGUCGCUGGCGGCUGCGGCUGCUGCAGCUGCUGCUACAGGGGCGGAGGGGAAACGACGGGAGUUUCGGUACACGGUGGUGCGCGGAGGGAAGGUGGUGGAUGAGCCUGGCAGGCAAAAGGAGGUUCAGCUGGGGCAGGGUGACGCCAUCAAGGGCAGCAUAUCUAGAGAGGAUCUGGCAGCGGUGGUGCAGGCAGCGCUUGCAGUGCCGCCUCCUCCGGGCCAGAGGCGGGUGGUGGAGGUUGUGAAUUCCGAGAGCCCAAGAGACUCCAGCAAUGGCAAUGACUUGCCAGAGCUGCUAGCAGGGCUGCCCACGGAGGCGAUUGUAAGCUGACCAGUGGUGAAUUGUGGCAAGUGCUUGGUUAGUAGACUGUAACCAUGUACAGCCCACGGUGCUCGUUGCAUUUCUGCUUGUGUUCCUCACUGCUCGAUAAUGCACUGCUGUAAAUAAUUUAUGUUCCAAGUGGAACUUCCGGGAGGAACAUCACUGUACACAUGAGGCUAGGUCUGUCAAACAUUAUUUGAUGGGUUGAAGGACCAUAUCCAGGGGAGGGACAGCUACUGGCGAGGAUUCAGGGGGUGCUGGCACAGUGGUUUGGGGUGCUGUGAUGCUUUUGACAGAUGGAAGGGUGGUUAGGCUGACAAACAGGAGGGGAUUGAUGUAGCUGGAUGACGGAAACAGGUUGGAGGGAACGAAGAUGAAAGGAAGAAAGUAAGUGAGAGUAAGUGCGAUGCAGAGGCUUCGAAUGGCUGAUGCCUAAAUUUAAAAAGUA